AUGAAUUAUUAAUUCGAAAAUAUAUAAAAGGUUUAGGCAGCAAAGAAAAUUUGGGCCUUUUGUAAAUAUUAGAGUCUUUUGAAUCAGAGGAUAUAAGAAUUGAUAUAAGGAUUGGAUCCAAAGAUUCAAACUGUAUUACAGUUGAAAGAGAAAAGACAACUAAUAGGAAUAUCAAAUCAAUAAUUCACAAAAGCAUGUACCAAAGCUUUAGAAAAUCAAGCAAACCUUUUAAAACCCUUAUUCUUGUUGAAUAUGAGAAAUAUUCUCAAUAAUUAGAAGUAUCUAAUUGAUAUUAUUUAAAUAAUUCACUAUUCGACAUAUAAUGAAGAAACUAAUUAUGUUGAGGAUGCUAUGAUUAAUCCAAAAAAAAUAAAAGAAUAGAGAUAGGUAAAGUUAUAACAUAAAUUUAGUUAUAUAAAAUAUUAGAAUUGAUAUUUGUGAUAUUAUAAAAUUAAUAAAGAGAAACAACCAAAUAUUAAAUUUUGAUAUGUUUAGAUUCUAUAUUAAAAUCUUUGAUGAAAUGCUCAUAAACUAAUCCUGAAAUAUUGUUAUAAUUAAUAAAGUUUUAAAAAUAUAACAGGAGUAUUUCAUAUAAAAAGUCUUACGAAGGAAUUGGUCAAUUUAUAUAAGCAAUAACAUCAUUUGAUUGUAAAUUAAAACCAAAUUUGUAAUCGGAAGUAAUAGACUUUACUUUGAAUAAUGUAUUACAAUAAUUAGAUUGUGUAAUUUGUUACAAUGUUAUGAAAGAUCCUGUGUCAAUGAAAUGUGGGCAUAGUUUUUGUAAGGAAUGUAGGGCUUAAGAUCAAAAUAACUCUCGGAAAUGUCCAAUUUGUAGGUAUGAAUACUGAAAAAUUUAGAGUGGAAUAGGUAGAUGAGAUUUAUCUAAGUGAAAAUAACAAAUUCUUAGCAAAGUUGAUACAACUGAGAUCAAAUUUUGAGAACUAACACAAUUUACAGCAGAAUGAGUAUUAUUAAAUUUACAUAAAACCACAAAGCAUAGAAAAUUACGAAUAAAAAAUAGUCUUUAGAACAUUGUAAGCUCUUAAGUACUUAAUAGAAGAGGAAGUAGAGAUUGAUACAAAGAGAUUUAAAACUUUAUCAACUCUUUAGUUUUAAGAAUUAAUAAAAUAACACCUUAUUUUUAUACUUAUUGAUAAAAAUGAGAAUGCAUAUUUGGUGAAAAAUAUUUUGACUCAUAUUAGCAAGAACAAAACAAGGAUUAAAGUUUAAUAUUAAGAAAAAAUAAAAAUUGUACAAUAACAUUUUUUAGAAAUUGCAUUGAAUUAAGAAAAUGGAGAAUACAUUUUUGAAUCACAAUUUGCAACAGCAAUUACAGAUGAGGAUGAAUAUAUUGAUUUAAAUAACAUCGAAAAUCAAAAACAAAUUAGUGCUUUGAUAAAUAGUAUUAAAGAAUUCUUCAAUCAGGCAUUUCUAAAUUAACAGCAAGAUUAAACAUAUCAAACAAUAUCUUCAUUCUUGGCAUAAUCAGGUUUCUUAAUGUUACACAAUUCUGAUAUUAUUAGCAACUAUGACGAUAUGAGAAAAUAUUCAUAUCUAGUCCCGAAUCUAAUAAGAAUACCUGAAAAGGAAAGACUGGAAAUCUAAUAGAUGAAUAAUUUAAUUAAAAGAUUAGAAUUGAUUUUAAGGAGCUUAAAUAGAUUCAGAUCUUGUUCAAAUUUAUUAAUGAUAUUGUAAAUUCAUAGUGAAAAUCAUGGUCUAAGGAGGAAUACAAUUAUUUUUACUAUAGUAUUUUUGGUUUUAUCGUUUUUUUUGUAGUAGUGA